AUGAAGCAAUCUGUUCAAAGAUAUUCUGUAAAAAUACCUAAACAUGAUAUCAUUGAUAAAAAAGUAUACUAUAUAAUAUGUGUAUACAAUUUGGAAGGUGGUUAACCAAAAGAGAUAAAAAAAAGAUAUUCCGAAUUAGAAUCCAUGCAUUAAAAAAUAUUAGAGUGGAUUCAUAUAUUCAAAAUAAAAAUUCCUAUGAUACAUUUUCCUAAGAAAAAGUUUUUAUUUCAUACAAAUUAAAGCGAAGAAAGCAUUAUAAAACGAGUAUUCUUUAAAUUUAUAUAAAGAGAGGAGAAUUAUAAUAAUAUCUGAAUGAAAUACUUGCCUGCUCAGAAUUACAUUGUUUAGGAGUAAUAGAAGAAAUGCUUCCUAAAGAUCCUAAAUAAAGCACUUAGAAAAAAAAUGAUCAGCCUAUUGAUAGAAGAUGGCAAGAAAUCUAAUAACUAAAAGAAUCUUAUUUAGCAAAACACGGUGAUUCAAUAUUUUCUUUGCCCCAAAAAAAAAUUGAAUAACAAAGCAAGUAUUAAAUCUUUAUAUUUCUAGAUAGUAAUAUAUUUUUAAGUUUGAAGAUCAUAUUAUUUUUGAUGAUUCUGUCUUAUACACAAUUCAAGUAACAGAUACUAUUACAAACAAAAGUUGGAAAUUUACUCAACGUUUUCAAGACUUAAGAGAUUAUCAUAGACAAUUAAAAACCAUCCAUCUUGAUUUUCCCUUACCAAAUUUCCCUGAAAAAAAAUUAGUUAAUAUAUCUGAUGCUUCUGAUCUACGUGAGAGAAAAUCACAAUUAGAAGAUUAUCUAAAUCGCAUAUUUGGGUAUCAAAUUAAUAUUACUAAAGCUAUCAAACUAUAGUUGAAAGUGAUAUUAUGGUAUUUUUUAUUGCUAAAAGUUAACUUGAUGGUAAUGAAAUUGGCUGUCGAUCUAAGGGAACUUCUUAAACCACAUUAGAAGUAAUUACAUAUUUAUAUUAAUAGAACUCUAGUAUUAAAUCGAAAAGCUAAACUACAAUUGAAUAAUUUGAUGAAGAUCAUAAAUAACCUCGAAAAAUAACAUGUUGA